UCUACUCAAUGUAAAAUCUCCAAGCUCUGAUUUUCCAAAAAAACAACCAACUGCAACCAUGAAUCCAGGAUGACUUCCAAGAACCCAGUGGUCUCUCUCUCUCUCUCUGGAUUUUUUUAGAGGAGAUGGACUAGUUUUUGUGCCCUUCCCCAAUUGAGAGAAAGUCAUUCAUUUUAAAUAGACAAGAAGUUCGUAUUCUGAUGAGACAAUCCAAUCAACCAAAGGAGAUGCCACUCAUUAGCUUGAGAUUACGGUGGUGGUUUUUUCUUGUUAACCUUGUCAUUUGUAUUAGUUCGCUUAAGUUGGAAUCUCUUUCCAGCACCCCCACUUUUGGAAAUGAAACCGAUAAGCUUGCAUUGCUCACCAUCAAGCAUCAUCUGGUUGAUGUUCCAAAAGGAGUUCUGAGUUCCUGGAAUGACUCUCUGCAUUUCUGUCAGUGGCAAGGGGUUACAUGCAGUCGCCGACGUCAGAGGGUCACAGCCUUGAGGUUGGAGGGUCAAAGCUUAGGUGGUUCCUUACCUCCUAUUGGGAACUUAACAUUCCUAAGAGAGUUGGUGUUGUCCAACAAUCUCUUGCACGGUACCAUCCCCAGUGACAUUGGUCUUUUGCGACGAAUGCGGCAUCUCAAUCUCAGCACAAAUUCUCUCCAAGGCGAGAUUCCCAUUGAGCUGACCAACUGUUCAAACCUCGAGACUGUGGACUUAACAAGGAACAAUCUGACAGGGCAGAUUCCCUUUCGUGUUGGCAAUAUGUCGACCAAACUCCUAGUUUUGCGGCUUGGUGGCAACGGUCUAACUGGGGUUAUCCCAUCUACUUUGGGGAACCUCUCAUCUCUUCAACAUCUUUCAGUUUCGUUCAAUCAUUUGGAGGGGAGUAUUCCACAUGAUUUAGGUCGUUUGAAGAGCUUGAAAAUUCUAUAUUUAAGUGUAAACAACCUAUCUGGUACGAUUCCUCCCUCCCUCUAUAAUUUGUCAUCUGUCAUUGAAUUUGCAGUAACUGACAACAUUCUGUCUGGAAAUUUUCUGUCAACAAUGAGGUUCAGUUUUCCUCAACUCCGCAAGUUGGGCAUAGCAUUGAAUCAGUUUACGGGAAUAAUUCCAGAUACGCUAUCCAAUAUUUCAGGACUUGAACUUUUGGAUCUAGGACCCAAUUAUCUAACUGGGCAAGUCCCUGAUAGCUUAGGAGUGCUCAAGGAUCUGUAUUGGUUGAACGUUGAAUCCAAUAAUUUAGGAAGGGGCACGUCUGGGGAUUUAAAUUUUCUAAAUUCUCUGACCAAUAUCAGCAGUUUAAGGACAAUCAGUCUCUACCAAAAUAACUUUGGGGGUGUGUUACCCAACUCCAUUGUCAAUCUCUCAACCCAACUGCAGGCCCUCCACCUAGGAGAGAACAAAAUAUUUGGAAACAUCCCAGAAGAAAUUGGAAACCUCAUCAACUUAACUACUUUCGAUGCAGGUCAGAAUUAUCUCACUGGUGUCGUUCCCACUUCAGUUGGCAAGCUUCAGAAGUUAGUAACAUUGAGGUUAAGUUGGAACAGGCUAUCAGGUCUGCUCCCAUCCUCCCUCGGAAACUUAAGUCAACUGUUCUACCUUGAAAUGAGCAACAACAAUUUGGAAGGGAACAUUCCUACAUCUCUCAGGAACUGCCAAAAUAUGGAAAUUCUUUUACUCGAUCACAAUAAGUUGAGUGGUGGUGUACCUGAAAAUGUCAUUGGUCAUUUCAAUCAGUUGAGAUCACUCUACCUACAGCAAAACACAUUCACCGGUUCUCUUCCAGCAGAUGUUGGUCAACUGAAGAACCUAAAUGAGUUACUUGUUUCUGAUAACAAGUUGUCAGGGGAAAUCCCCACAGAACUUGGUAGCUGUUUGGUACUGGAGUACCUCGACAUGGCAAGAAACUCUUUCCAAGGGAACAUCCCUCUGUCAUUUAGCUCAUUGAGAGGUAUUCAGUUCCUAGACCUUUCAUGCAACAACUUGUCUGGACGGAUUCCCAAUGAACUAGAAGAUCUUGGUUUGUUGAGUUUAAAUCUGUCUUAUAACUACCUUGAAGGUGAGGUUCCAAGUGGAGGAGUUUUUAAAAAUGUGAGCGGGAUUUCAAUAACUGGGAACAAUAAGCUUUGUGGGGGAAUCCCUCAACUGCAGCUGCCACCAUGCCCUAUUGUAGCGUCAGCCAAGCAUGGCAAGGGGAAGCAUCUUUCAAUCAAAAUUAUUAUAGCUAUAAGCAUUGCUGGUGUUUCUUGCUUGGCUUUCAUAGUGGCUUCAGUUCUAUUCUAUAGGAGAAAAAAGACAACAAUGAAGUCCUCUUCCACAUCGUUGGGAUAUGGGUACUUGAGGGUUUCUUACAACGAGCUUCUCAAAGCAACUUGUGGAUUUGCCUCGUCCAACUUGAUUGGCAUGGGAAGUUUUGGUUCUGUGUACAAAGGAGUUCUUAGUCAAGGCAAAAGACUGGUUGCAGUGAAGGUACUGAACCUCCAACAGCAUGGAGCUUCCAAGAGUUUCAUGGCUGAGUGCAAGGUCCUCCGGCAAAUUCGACAUCGAAAUCUCCUCGGGAUCAUAACUUCAUGUUCAAGUGUGGACAACAAAGGUAGUGAUUUUAAGGCUCUAGUUUUUGAGUUCAUGCCUAAUGGGAACCUAGAUAGCUGGCUGCAUCAUGAAUCCAGAAAUUUAAGCUUCAGACAAAGAUUAGAUAUUGCAAUUGAUGUGGCUUGUGCUCUGGAUUAUCUUCAUCACCAUUGCCAGACACCAAUUGUUCAUGGGGAUCUAAAGCCAAGCAAUGUUCUUCUUGAUGACAACAUGGUUGCCCAUGUUGGGGACUUUGGUUUAACCAAGCUCAUUCCUGAAGCCACCGAGAUUUCAAGUAGUGAUCAUCAAACCGGUUCAGCGCUGCUGAUGGGAUCCAUCGGUUAUGUGGCUCCAGAAUAUGGACUAGGUGGCUCCAUGUGGCCUCAAGGAGAUAUGUACAGCUAUGGCAUCCUUUUGCUGGAGAUGUUCACGGGAAAGAGACCAACAGAUCACAUGUUUUCGGAUGGUUUGAACCUUCACAGUUUUUCGAAGAUGGCAUUGCUUGAACGGGUGAUGGAGAUUGCCGAUUCAAAUUUGGUCGGGGAGUCAAGUGAAGCAAUCAACAAUAUAGAAAAUCACUGUGAUAUGGAAGGUAGAACGCAGCAUUGCCUUGCUUCAAUUGCCAGAAUUGGAGUAGCAUGUUCUGAAGAAUCACCUGGUGAUCGAUUGGACAUCAAGGAUGUGGUGAUGGAACUGAAUAUCAUUAAGAAAGUGUUUCUUGGGGCAGGAAUCCAUGGGGAGAGACAUAUCAGGAUGCAACUACCUGCGGAAGGAACAUCUCAGCUCGGUGGUGAGUCACUGGUGACUGAAGAGGAAGAUGACCAACGUACAGUAGGGAAGCUAUGAUCUCUCUCUCUCUCUUUUAUUUUGAAAUUGUUCACGCAUCCCUUAUAUGGUUUGUGGCAUGUAAAAACGUCUUCGGUGUAAAAGUCCUAUUUUAUUACAAAA